CUCUAUCCAAUCCACCUCCAGCAUGUCUGCCUGAACAGCUACACAUACACACUUCUCACGAGUCCCGUCCCUCCUGUGCACUCUGUCUGUAAAGAUUAAAAACAAGCAGCCAACAGCCACACCCAAAGACUGCUGAAUGAACCAGUGAGCCCCUGGGGACCAUUCCAAGUUCUUAGAAGGCGACAAUGAGCCAGGGGACUCAAAGCACAGAUACACAUGGAUGUGAUGGUGAUCCAGGCUACACCUGGGAAGUUAAAGCAAAUGACAGAGUAUUCAAUCGCUCAUUUACAAGAAAGAGCUUCCUAUUUUUCACCAAGAGGAGAUACGCUGACAACAGUAUAAAGACCUAUAAAUACAACAUCUUUACUUUCAUCCCUCUCAACCUAUUUGAGCAGUUCCACAGAGUCGCAAAUCUCUACUUUCUGUUUAUAAUUGUUUUGCAGACUGUUCCUGCUAUUUCAACUUUACCAUGGUUUGCCAUAAUGUUUCCCUUGCUCGUUCUGCUAAUCGUACGAGGAAUCAAAGAUGUUAUUGAUGAUUUUGCCCGGCACAAAAGCGACAAAGAAAUAAACAACCGGCCAUGUGAGAUCCUUAAGGGAAAAAGUUUCUUCUGGGAGAAAUGGAAAGACAUUCAGGUUGGAGAUAUUAUUCGGCUACAUAAGGAUGAUUUUGUGCCUGCAGAUCUGCUUUUGCUGUACUCAUCAGAACAGAAUAGUCUGUGUUAUGUGGAGACAGCAGAUAUAGAUGGAGAAACAAAUCUAAAGUUUAAGCAAGCCUUGAUGGUUACACAUCGUGAACUUUGCACAACAGAAGCACUGGCUGCAUUCGAUGGUAAAAUCAUCUGUGAAGAAGCCAACAGCAACAUGCAUUCCUUUACAGGAACACUGGAGUGGAAUGGAGAGAAGUGUUCUUUGGGCAAUGACUGUAUUCUUUUAAGGGGCUGUAAGAUCAGGAAUACCAAGUAUUGCUUUGGACUUGUAAUUUAUGCAGGGGUUGACACCAAAAUAAUGAAGAACUGUGGAAAGGUUAAUGUAAAGAAAACAAAAUUAGACAUUAUGAUGAAUUACCUUGUGGCCACUGUAUUUGUGAUUUUAAUUGUAUGCUCCAUGUCACUAGCCAUUGCAUCAGGAUUUUGGAUUACAUGGUUUCAAGAAAAUCAUAGUUAUAUACCACCUCUACCUUCCAAUGAAACGCCAGCUUACAGAGCAUUCCUAAACUUCUGGAGUUAUACUAUACUGAUGAGCACCAUUGUGCCAUUGUCAAUGUAUAUCACAUUAGAAUUCAUCCAUCUAGUCCACAGCAUGUAUAUUGAUUGGGAUGUGGAAAUGUAUUUUGAGAGGAACAACACUCCAGCCAAAGCCAGGUCUACUAGCCUGAAUGACUUGCUUGGUCAAGUAGAAUAUGUUUUCUCUGAUAAGACAGGAACACUGACAGAGAACAUAAUGACUUUCAAAAAAUGCUGCAUCAAUGGAAACAUUUAUGGAACCAGUUCAAAUGAUGAGAAGACUCUACAGACAGUAAGCUUCAGGUGGAAUAAAUAUGCAGAUACCAAGUUCAGUUUCUAUGAUCAGUCAUUAAUUGAUACAGUUUGCCAGAACAAGGAUGACAUCCUGAGGGAAUUUUUCCGGCUGCUUUCAAUUUGUCACACGGUCAUGGUGGAUAGGAAUGGAGAUGAUUUGCUUUAUAAGGCAGCAAGUCCUGAUGAAGAAGCCUUAGUCACAGCGGCAAGGAACUUUGGCUAUGUUUUUAUGUCCCGGACACAAGACACUAUCACUACAAAUGAGCUUGGGGUAGAAAAAAUAUACCACAUCUUGGCUCUUCUUGACUUUAAUAGUGCCCGCAAGAGGAUGUCUAUAUUGGUUAAAGAUCCAGAAGGAACGAUUAAACUUUACACCAAGGGAGCAGAUGAUGUUAUUCUAAAGCAUCUUCAUCCUCAUUGUGAGAACCAGGACAUAACUGAAAAAGCUUUAGAGAUGUUCGGUGAAGAGACUCUGAGAACUUUAUGUCUGGGGUUCAAAGAGGUUGAUGCUUCUGAGUAUGCAGAAUGGAGUACAAAAUACCACCAGGCCAGUGUUGCCUUGCAGAAUCGAUCACAGUAUAUGGAACUGGUCUAUGAUGAAAUGGAGUGUAACUUGCAGCUACUUGGUGCAACUGCAAUUGAAGAUAAGUUACAAGAUGGUGUUCCAGAAACAAUACAGCUACUUAAAAAUGCUAAUAUGAAAGUGUGGAUGCUAACUGGAGACAAGCAAGAAACUGCAAUCAACAUUGGUUUCUCAUGUCAAUUGCUCUCUGAUGACAUGAAUAUUCUGGAUGAAAAGCAGAUCUGUGAUAUCCUAGAUGACUGCUGGGAAAACAACAACUUUUCAGGGAGUGGGCAAAAUCUUUUGGACAUCAAUGUAUUCAAGAAACACAGAGAACAUCUUGGGCAGAGGGUAGCUCUUGUGGUCAGUGGAGGUUUCCUGGGACGGAUUUUAACACCCAGUAAAAGUAAAAAGUGUAAUUGGCAACUUUUCCAAAAACUAGUAGAACUUUGCAAUCGGAAGAAAGUGACUCCCAGUGAACAAGAAGAAAGGAUGAGAGAAUAUUCAUUUGUAGACCUAGCUUCUCAGUGCCAAGCUGUCAUAUGCUGCAGGGUGACACCAAAGCAAAAAGCUAUGAUUGUACAGCUUGUGAGAAAACACAAGAAAGCCAUAACCCUUGCUAUUGGAGACGGGGCAAAUGAUGUGAAUAUGAUUAAAACUGCUCACAUUGGAGUUGGUAUCAGUGGUUUGGAAGGAACACAAGCCGUCCAGUCCAGUGAUUAUGCUUUGGCUCAGUUUUCUUAUCUUCAGCGUCUUCUACUUAUUCAUGGACGGUGGUCCUACCUUCGUAUUGCAAAGUUUCUGAGAUAUUUCUUCUACAAGGCAUCGGCCAGUGUUUUCUGCCAUGUGUUAUAUGCAUAUUUUAAUGGAUAUACAGCUCUGACAGUGUUUGACAGUUGGUUUAUAGCCUUCUACUCUGUACUUUUUACUGCUUUUCCAGCAUUGUCCAUGGGGCUAUUUGAACAGGAUGUCAAUGCCAAAAUGAGCCUACAACUCCCAGAGUUAUACAGAAUUGGGCAGACUGAUUCCCUCUUCACUUACAAGAGGUUUGCAUGGUCUUUUAUAAAAGGCAUUAUAACUUCAUCAGCAUCUGUCUUCAUACCAUAUGGAGCUUGCAGAGACUCUGCUGGUCCCGGUGGUACCUGUGAUCAUCAGUCAUUUGCUGUUACUGCAGCAACUGUGGUUAUUCUUGCUGUCACUCUGGAGAUCAUCUUUGAGAUCUCAUAUUGGACUGUUUUGUCAGUAGUUGCCCUGAUCGGUAGUCUCGUUGUUUAUUUCUUCGUGUCUUUUGUUACCCAAUCGUUUCCACUGUUCAAAAAUCUGCCCACUAUUUUCCAGUUCCCAGAUGUAAUGCGAAAUACAUUAAAACAAGGGUAUAUCUGGCUUGUAAUUUUGCUGGCUGUUGGAAUAAGCAUUCUUCCUUCACUUCUUGUCAGUACUGCUACCAAGAUAAUGUAUCGCAAUCAAGUCCAUGGACACUCAUAUGGUGCACAAAAUCAAAAUGAUAUUAAAACAAUUGCAAUGUCUACUCCUUUCAAGCGAGGCAGCUUACAUCGCAGAUCCAGCUAUGCAUUUUCACACAAGGAAGGAUAUGCUGAUCUUAUUACAAAAGGCACAAGCCUACAUAAAAGGCAUAACUCAGGUCAACAAACCCCAGAAGCUGCUAUUCCUCAAGAAUAAGUAUGGUGUACAUAGUAUCAGUAAAUACCACUAUUAUGCACACUUUUUGACAGUUUUUUCAUGCGUUUUUUUUGUUCUUGACUAAGAUGAUUAAAUGUAAUAUUGAUAUUGUAUAAUAAAAUUGUAUGUUAAUUGUUAAUACAAUCAGUCUAAAUCACAGCAAUCAUACUUUUUACUAAUUACCACACUGUGUGAUUGAAUUUUCUAACAUUAUAAACUUAUCUUAAUGUUUUUUUUCCUAAAUUUUUAUAUCUUGAAUGUUCAAAAUUAAA